ACUACAGUUGUUUAAGAAAUUCAUAUGCAGAAUCAUCACUUCAUGGCUACACCAAUUUUAAUCCUUAUCAUUCCAUUGAUCCUGUUAUUCCCAUCCCUUUCAUUUUCAACACCAUACAUAUAUAGCAUGAGUGAAGGUUCAUCUCUUUCGGUGGAGAAGCCGGACAAUGUUUUGAUUUCACAAAACGGUGUAUUCUCGGCAGGCUUCUACUCUGUUGGCGUCAAUGCUUAUUGCUUUGCUAUUUGGUACAGUGAACCAUUGUAUGAUGGGAGUCACACCACAGUCUGGAUGGCCAACCGAGACCAACCCAUUAAUGGAAGACUAUCCAAGCUCUCCCUCCUUAAAAAUGGCAAUCUCAUCUUGACAGAUGCCGGCCAAUUCAAUGUUUGGGCCACCGAAACAAAGUCAAUAUCUUCAGUGCAAUUGCAAUUGAAUGACACUGGUAAUCUCGUUCUUCUUACUUCGGAGGGUUUAAUUCUUUGGCAAAGUUUUCAGUCACCAACCGAUACCCUUCUUCCCUACCAACCACUCACCAGAAACACAAGGCUUGUGUCAUCUCGAAGCCAAACCAAUUAUUCUUCUGGUUUCUACAAGUUCUUUUUCGGCGACGAAAACAUCCUCCGUCUUGUCUAUGAUGGCCCUGACCUGUGCAGCAUGUAUUGGCCGGACCCAUGGCUAAAAGGCUGGGAGGCUGGAAGGUCUAAUUACAACAGUAGCAGAAUUGCUGUAUUAAACUCCUUGGGCCAUUUCAAAUCAAGCGAUGAUUUUCAAUUCACAGCUGCAGAUUUUGGAAUUGGGAUUCAGAGAAGAUUAACAAUGGAUCACGAUGGCAACAUUCGACUGUACAGUCUAGACGAGAAAAGCAAAAUUUGGAACGUGACUUGGCAAGCCAAAUCUCAACCGUGCAGGAUCCAUGGUAUCUGCGGACCCAACAGUUUGUGUACUUAUGUUCCCCAUGAGAAAUCUGGUAGGAGAUGCUCUUGUAUACCAGGGUACAAGAUUAAAAAUGAAACAGACCAAUCUCUCGGAUGUGAGCCAAAUUUCAGUCUCUUUUGCAAUGAUACUGAGGUUGGUUUCCUCCAUCUUCCUCAUGUUGCAUUCUAUAGCUAUGAUGGUAUUAGGUUCAGUAGCAAUUAUACCUUCAAGAUGUGUGAGAAUGAAUGCUUGCGAAGCUGCGACUGUUAUGGGUUUCAAUACAGAUUUAACUGGGAUAAUGGUUUUUACGACUGCUAUCCCAAGAAACUACUUUUCAAUGGAUAUCGUGCACCAAAUUUUCCAGAUCCUACAUACAUAAAAUUACCGAAAGCCUCAAUCCCAUUUUAUCUGAAGCAUGUUCAAGGAUUCAACUCAAAUUGCUCUCACCCACAUUGUUUGCAGCUCGACAGAAGUUACGAGAAACCCAAAGAAAAUGGGACAUUGCAGUUCAUGGUUUGGUUUGCCAGUGCUAUUGGAGGAGUUGAGAUUAUUUGUAUUUGUUUGGUGAUGUACUUAUUGUAUAGAAACCGUCAAAAUUCAAGUGCAACUACACAAAGUUACCUUCAAGUCGUGACUGGAUUUAGAAAAUUCACCUACGAUGAGCUAAAGAAAGCAACGCGUAACUUUGGUGAAGAGAUUGGAAGAGGAAGCGGUGGCGUGGUAUACAAGGGUGUGUUGUCUGAUCGUCGAGUUGCAGCAAUCAAGCGGCUCAAUGAAGCUAAACAAGGAGAAGAUGAAUUCUUGGCCGAGGUGAGCACCAUUGGAAGAGUUAACCACAUGAACUUGAUAGAGGUAUGGGGAUAUUGCGUGGACGGAAAACACCGGCUUUUGGUGUACGAGUACAUGGAGCGCGGGUCCUUAGCAGAAAAUCUUACUUCCAAUACCCUUGAUUGGGAGAAAAGGUUUCAUAUCGUGGUAGGCUCCGCAAAAGGUUUGGCUUAUUUGCACGAUGAGUGUUUGGAGUGGGUUCUCCACUGUGAUGUGAAGCCUCAGAAUAUUCUCUUGGACUCUAAUUAUGAGCCAAAGGUUGCAGAUUUUGGUCUCUCAAAGCUAUUGAACAGAGGUGAUGGACAUCACUCAGGCUUCUCUAGAGUAAGAGGAACAAGAGGUUACAUGGCUCCUGAGUGGAUUUUCAAUUUUCGAAUCACAUCCAAAGUUGAUGUUUACAGCUACGGAGUGGUGGUGUUGGAGAUGGUCACCGGAAAAAGCCCGAUGGUUGUUCCUCACACCUCUGACAAUUCAGGGGAGAUGGAACAAAGGGGCCUAGUUACGUGGGUGAGAGAGAAGAUGAAUGAAAAUGUUUCGAAGGAAUUGUGGCUUGAGGAGAUCAUAGAUCCAACGAUGAAGGAUAGAUAUGACGCAAAUAAGAUGGAAAUAUUAGUUGAAGUGGCAUUACAGUGUGUAGACGAAAACACAGAUGCAAGACCAACUAUGAGCCAAGUAGUAGAGAGGCUUCUGCGCCAUGAGGCAUGUAAUUAUCAGAAAAAUAAAAGGCCUCAUCAAAAUAAAUAAAUAAUAUAAAGAUUAUUAGCAAAGGCCAAAUUGAAGUUUCUCUAAAUGUAGCAAGCAACAAUCAUGCCUCCCCCCAACAUGGCAAAGGAGAAAGCUCCUUCAGUUGCCUACUUUUUAGGUUGUGUGUGGUUGUCCUAUCGUCUUUCAUGGUUUUGGGCCUUUUGUAACAAAAAUUAUAUCAUCCCAUCCCAAUCUAUUUAUAGCCUUUAAAUCAUACUCUUCUCAAUUAUCAUGUUAAAAAGUUAUUGAUAAAUGAGUGAUUUUGUUGAUUUAGGAAUGUUAGAAAGUAUAAACAUUUCUACAAGGCUCCUCUAAAGACCUCUUUGUAUAU